AUGGUCAGGAGAGCUUUGGUUGUAGUCGACUUGCAGGAAGAUUUCCUACCGCCCGAUGGCACCUUGGCCAUCAAGGAGGGGAGAUCGAUUGUGCCGCGCAUCAACGAGUUGAUCAAGGGCGAGCAAUUGCGGCAGUGGGCGUUGGUGGUUGCGACUCAGGACUGGCAUCCUGCAAACCACGCGUGUUUUGCUUCUCAGCAUGGCGUGGAGCCAUUCACGCAACGGGAGUUUGCCCGGCCCCAGUCCGAGGCUGGUGAAAAGCAAAUGCAGGUGUUGUGGCCUGAUCACUGUGUUCAAGGCACACACGGAUCACGCCUCGCGCCUUCGUUUGCCGAUGCAUUUGAGCGGAUUGGCGACAAGACGAAAACAGCCGUGGUGAGGAAAGGGUACUUGCAGGACAGAGAGUUCUACUCGUGUUUCCAAGAUUGCUGGGGUCUCCAUCAUACUGAAAUGGAGUCCAUCUUGCAGGAGAAUCAAGUGGACCAAGUUGUUUUCGUUGGUUUGGCGUACGAUUACUGCGUGUUGAGGUCCGCCGUCGACUGCGCUAAAAAGUGGAAGAGCUUUGUUGUUAAGAAGUUGUGCAAGAGCGUUAGUCCCGAGAAGGAAGAUGAGACCGAUGCCACGUAUCGAAAGAAUGGCGUUGUUAUUGUUGACGACGUGCUGGAGAUACUAUAG